AUGAUCCUGUUUAACGUAUCAAACAUCAUUUUCAUUGAGGUUCUUGAUAAAAGAGGCAGUUGUCACUAUCCUAGCCAUAUCGUUGACACUCUGAAAUUGAAUCCUGACCGCACUAAGUUAGUCGACAAAUCGGAUGAACAAUUGUACGACAAAUCUUCAACUCUUCCGGAAUGCCAAGCCGUUCAUAACAUUCAACCGUUCUGCGAGAUUAUCAACUGUCAGAUAAAUUCAUUGGAACCAUCUGAAAGUUCUGUUAUUAAAAUCAGAACCAGCUUUUCGGCAGUCAUGAAAAGACCGAAGUAUCAAUACAUUCCCGCCUUGCAGAUUCGAGUGUCAAUCAAGUCAACUUCACAAAUGAUGCCUCAACGGUCAUUUUUUCAACAUUUUGUUGUAAAGUCGCAGUUUUUUUUGUACAUUGCAUUAACGGUGGAGCUGAUGAAAGCCGAGUUGAAAGAGAAAGUAUCGUGGUGGAUAUACGCCGUAGCCGGGGCUGCUGGCUUCUUAAUGCUUUGCCUGAUGGUUUUGUGUCUGUGGAAGUGUGGAUUUUUCAAGCGCAAAAAAUAUGAGCACCUCGUAACAGUGACGAAGAAAGAAGAAUUUGAGGAUGAUUCGAAAAAAGCUCCAUCGUCUUUAACUUCAUAA